ACUCAGGGUUUAAAGAGUUAAUGCAGUCUUAUUGGAUGAUUUUUUUGACAAACUAAGAAGUUAGCAUCCAUAAUUAAUACUCAUUCCAUCAUACUCAGAGAUUUCCUUGGAAAAGUUGAAAAUUUUUAAUCUCCACCACUGAAGUAUCGAUACAGCAUAUACAGCACAAAGUUGUAACAUGCCAAAAGUUCCUUCAAGCAGACAAAAGGCUCGAACACCUGCCAUUCCUUACGCCAAAGGUUUCCACCCGCCUUCUUCAAAGGAACAGGCAGAAGCAAUUGGUUUCACUUUGAAAAAUGUACCAUCAGAAUAUUCAGAUGUGUCUGAGAAGGAACAAAAGUUUUUCUGUUCAGUCCCCCAGCCAAAAUCUGAGGACGACUGGCUGGCCCAGUACGUUGAGGAGGGGCAGUCCUUCAGAGACUACAAGCAGGAGAAUCCAUGGUUCUCUAGGAGGAAGCAAAAGUACUUGACGCAACGGUUUGUUCCAUCUGGAAACACCAUAUGUGAAAAGUACCCUGAAGGGAAGAUUUACAUUGCAAAGGUUGGGGAUUUCAAUCAGUCGGAUGUAAAAUUUCAAGACUUGUUGGACUAUGUGCAGCGGUUUUUGUGCAUGCCUGUUGCUGUUUUGGAAGGAAUCACCAUUGAGAGAAAAGGAAAUGAUCUCGUCUUUGUUGAAGAUCCAGCCAGCAACCCGUCAAGCAGAUCAAGUGCUCGAAUAAAGAGGAGUUCACUUGAAUCAAGAUAUAAUGAUAAAGGUGAUCACAUUCAGAUUUCUGUGGAUUCUAUCUUGCCCAAAAUGCGCCAAAUCAUUCCUCACGAUGCCUUGUGCCUCAUUGGCCUGACACCAUAUGAUCUGUAUGGAGAUGAAACGGACUUGUUUGUUGCUGGCAUGGCAUCAGGAAGCCAAAGAGUUGCUGUGUUUAGUUUACUGCGGUAUAAUCCAGCCUUGACAUUUUCCACGGAAUUUUGGUAUGAUAUUUCAGAAUCAAAAAGUGUGACUCCUUCUAAGAAACGGCGACUGCUUCUGCAGAGAAGUUGUAAACUUUUAGUACAUGAGCUGUGUCACUUAUUGGGAGUGGAUCACUGCAUUUUCUACCGGUGCUGCAUGAAUGGCUCAGGUCAUUUACAAGAGGACUUUGAUCAGCCUAUGAUGCUCUGCCCCGUGGACCUACAUAAACUCCAAGAUUUGAUUGGCUUCAACGUUCUAGACAGAUACCGAAGUUUGUUAGAAUUUUACCAGACACAUGAUCUAGCGGAAGAAGCAAAUUGGACGAAAAAACGAAUCCAUUUCAUUGAAAAGUCUCGGGAUUAAUUGCAUUUUUUUAAGUGUAAUUUAUUUAUUUGCAUCUGCCUUCAGAAAGAGUGGUUCAUUUUCACAAUUUCCUUGAAGGAGAUGAAUGAGAUAGAUUUCUCCACACAAGAAAGUAACAACAAAGUAACUCAGGCUAUUCUGUGGACCAAUGAUA